ACCGAAGGGCUGGGCCGCGGUAGUUACGCAAGCUGGCUGCGGGCUGAGGACCUGAGAGCUUCUGAGUGCAGCUUCCAGAAGCUUUCGGAGCUUUUAGAUGGCUGCUUCUUCUGGGCCUGUGCAGACAGCCUGGGUGUUUGGAGGCUGAUGUUAUUUGUGUGAGAAGAGGAGAGCGACUGCAUUGAACUUAAGGGUUGUAUUCUUACUGCCUGGGCUUACUCUGGGGUGGAUCCCGGGUCUCUCGGACCCCAACUCUUGUCCCCCAGAAGGCUUAGAAAAAAGUGCGUCCAGACCCACCCAGAGCAGAUGUGGGCGCCCUUCCCUUCCCCCUUCGCUUUUCUCGCUGCCUCUGUUCUGUCUGAGUGUGUCUGGGGCGGGCAACCUUCUGGGCAGGAAGGAUUACGCGGGUCAGUACUCCACGAGCUGAAUCUACGCGGUUAAUUGCAAAUACCUCAAGCCAAGAAAAGGCCACACUAGUCAUCUUGACUAUUAAAAAAAAAAAAAAAAAAAAGCAUUGAUAAAUGCUGAAAUGUCAGGCUCUUCACCAUUCAGAAUGCAGUUGGUGCACUUGGACCUUAAAGGAGCUCCUCCCAAGGUCUCAUAUCUAGCAGAGAUCUUCCCUCUCUUCCAUGCCCUUGGUGCCAAUGGUAUCCUUAUCGAGUAUGAAGACAUGUUUCCCUAUGAGGGCCCUCUACAGCUUCUAAGAGCCAGGCAUGCCUACAGUCCCUCUGAGAUCAAAGAAAUUCUUCAUCAGGCUAAAUUACAUGAGUUGGAGAUUAUUCCCUUGGUGCAGACAUUUGGACAUAUGGAAUUUGUUCUGAAACAUGAGCAAUUUUCUCACCUCCGGGAAGUGGAGUUGUUUCCAAAUGCUUUGAACCCCCACAAAGAGGAAUCCCUGGCACUAGUGGAUACAAUGAUUAAACAAGUAAUGGAGCUUCACAGAGGCAUUCGUUGGUUCCACAUAGGAUGUGAUGAGGUAUAUUACCUUGGUGAAGGGGAGAUGUCUAAACAGUGGCUGCAGCAGGAACAGAACAAUAUGGUAAAACUGUGUCUGACCCAAAUGAAAGCAGUUGCAAGCCAUGUGCUCAUCCAUCACCCCAAUGUGAAGCCCAUUGUAUGGGAUGACAUGCUCAGGGGUAUUAGUGAAGAAUAUCUCACAGAAUCUGGAAUAGCACAGCUGGUGGAACCAAUGAUAUGGGACUACAUUGAAGAUAUGGAUGUACAUGGAAAGGUUCUCCUCAUGGAUAAGUACAGGAAAUGUGGUUUCCCUAAACUGUGGGUAGCCAGUGCUUUUAAAGGUGCCACAGGGGUGAAUCAGUCUUUGACUAUUAUUGGCCAUCACCUCAAAAAUAACAUCCAGUGGUUGAAAGUGGCAGACAGUGGACCUGCUGAAAUGCUGCAAGGAAUCGUUCUAACUGGUUGGCAAAGAUAUGAUCACUUCUCUGUUCUCUGUGAGCUGCUUCCUGUGGGAAUUCCAUCCCUAGCAGUAUGUCUGCAGGCACUCAAACACGGAGGUUAUACUGACAACGUAAAAAAAAUAGUGGAGAAAUACUUAGGGAUGUCAAAUUUGGAAAUCAACAAUUUUAUGAGUGAAAGCUCUGGGACUUUCCCUGGCAGUGAUGUCUUCUCCCUGGUCACUCAGGUCAGCUUUCACCUAAGGCAUUCUGUGGAUGAACUGCUAGAAAGAAACAGGUAUGUGACAGGCUGGUUCAGCUCUUAUCACCGCAAGAGGAAAAUGAUUCACCCAGUUAUGAUCCAGUACAUCCAACCAGAUGCCAUCAGGUACCUCCUAACCAGAUGGAAUGCUGUCAUCCAGGAGUUGCAGGCAGCACUUGAAAGAAUUUUCUACCCAGAUGCAGUAGAGGAGUGGCUGGAAGAAAACACAUAUCCCACCAUCCAGAAGCUACAGCAGCUGUUGCAAGAUCUGGAUGCAGCAAUAGCAGCUCAAUCUUAACGUUUUUGACAUGGAAGUGGCCCAUCUUAUGUGGAAGGCUUACCUACUGCUAACCCAGUGGAGAUUUUUACAGAUGGCCAAGGCCAGUCACUUACUGAGGGAAGGCCAGGGUUGAGAGAGUUCCUGGGGGUUUGAUUGAAAAAUCUGAUUCUAGGACAAAAUCUGAAAAGAUACAAUGAGGUAAAAGCCAUUACCAUGAGAAGAUGAAGCAGAAUUUAUUAUGCUACAGCUGAAUCCAAAAAAUUAGGGGUGGCAGUCAUAAGUUUCCAAAAGGCAUCAGUAAAAAGACACUAAGAUUUAAAAAGCAAAAAAGAUAACCAGAGAAAUUACAUUAUGCUUGAAGGUAUUAUAAAUUGCUGAAAUACAUGCACAAAAAAUAGCAUAACAUUUAAAUACUUGAAAGAAAAAAAAUAGUUGAACUACAGAAUGAAAUAGAUAACAAACUAAAAUAUUAGAGGACCUCAGUGUGUCCCUUUUCACCCUAGACAAAUCUAACAAAAAGAUAAACAAGAAAGAUUCUGAAAAGAAAUAGAAAAAUCAAAUGUGACAGAUGUCUGGUUAUUAUAAAUGAUAGUAAAAAAGAGUAUUACUCCACUACAUAUGGCAACCUUUAUAAAAACAAAUGCAGAAAGUUUAAAUAUAUUCUUUAUAACACAUCAGCACAAUAAAAACUAUAAUCAAUAGAGGGAAUUUGAAGAAGUAAAAGAAAAUAUAUGUUAUAGUUAUUACCAAUAACAGACAACACAUUAAAAAAAAAAAAACUUACUCCACCCACUGCUCUUAAU